AUGUUUGGUCCCACACGUAAUUCAACACCGCCAAAGACAAUUGAAAAAAUAAUUACCGCUUCCAAUACAAAAGAUGGGGAACGCAACCUGUCAGAAGUGGCAUUACCAUUUAUUUGGAGGGAUAGGAUCAUAAGGGAUAUACAAGUGAUGCUGAGAUGUAAAAAG